UACCGUUCCCUCGGUUUGGUCGGUUUGGUCAUGCUUGUAAAAUCAAUGGUUUGGUUUUAUGACUACCGAGUUCCACGUUUUUAUUUCGGUGACUCAUACUUUGUUGAUGGCGAAAACUUUCAAGGAUUCUCCUCUGUCGACCAGCUGAGCAUAAUAAUAAUAAGCGUCUUUCAUUGUUGCGUAAGUAGGGCUCAGUAAGCGUCUUUCAUUGUUGCGUAAGUAGAGCUCAUGUAAUUGUUUGCAUUUCCAAGAUUAGAAGAGCUGAAAGAGAGGAAAUAACUUCUGAGGCAUGACCCACUCGCUCCGACACUAAACACAAAAACUCUGAGUAAUCGAGCAUACACCUGUGCGCACAAUAGAAUAGGCUACCGGUAUUCCUUCUUUUACCACCGCCAGUUCGCACGUUCGGUUUUUCGAGAGCGCGGCGCAGUUCACUUUUCUGCUCUAUCUCGUCUGCACUCUUUCCUGACAGCUUGCCUGUGUCGUAUACCCCGCCGCUGACCCAUUCUGUCUUUCUCAGAAGUGGAUAUACCGGUCACGUCAAUUCUGCUUCUUUUCCAAAUUAUCUCUGCUCUGUGUUUCACCGAGGUACAGAAGGAGCAUACACCAAGUAUUGCAGAGUUGUCAAAGACCAUGAGUCUCUGAAGCAUCCUUCUAAACCCAGACUGAUUAGAUAGACUGUUGGACGAAUCUCAAACUCAAGAUGUGCUAUGUGAUCGUCACCAUCCGGUCUCUCUUCUGGACCCUUCUUAGCGUCGCCAUUGUCCUGGGUCACCUGGUGGCCUUGAUGACAUCACAAUGGCUUCUCGGAGAGGAGGCAACCAUCAACAGUGCCAGCAACCUCUAUGAAACAAACAAUUCUACUGCACCCCAAGACAUGGUCGGACCAGUAGAGACCUACACACCCACUCUUGGGGUCUUCAUGAGAUGCGCAGAGAUUUUCCGUGCUAUCCAAUCGGAAGGAGGAUCCACUUCAAAUCAAGUUGAAUGCACAUCAUAUAUCAAUGACUUUAUGGAUUUGCCAAGUGGUUUCUGGAGGGCGAUGGUGAUAUUCUAUGCUGCAGGAUUCUUUGUCCUUACAGUCGUGGCAUUCCUCUCGGUGUUUAGUCUCUGCUUUAGGAGUUUGUGCAAGAAAAGCCUCUUCACUGUUUGUGGCUUCAUUCAAGCAAUAGCAGGUCUGUUGAUCCUGAUAUCCUUAGUCUUCUACCCGGCAGGAUGGGGUGCAGAGCGGGUCCAGGACCUGUGCGGACCUGAUGCUGCCCCCUUCCAGCCAGGGACCUGUGCCAUAGGCUGGUCUUUCUUUGUUGCUGUGGGCUCCACCGUGGCUACUUUUCUCUCGGCUGUGCUGUCCGUCCAGGCAGAGAUCGCAACAUCCAGUGAUGAUGUACAGGAUGAGAUCUUAAAGGGAAAGUACAUUAUAUGUCUACCAUGAUGAUCUAUAACAGGACGAGUCCAAAGAGAGAACCUAAACCUGGUACAGGAUGAUAUACUCAAAAGAAAGUUCAUCAUUCAUCUACUAUAAUUUGGAGUAAAAAAAAGUACCAAGACCAAGUGUUGAUGUUUCUUUAAAGUGAAGAUUCUUUUUGUAUUACUGUUACUCUUGUAAUGGACAAUUUACUUCAAACAAAAUUGUUCACCUAUCUCAUGAUGCAUUGUUACAUGACGUCACAAGUUUCAAAGUAUCUCUACUACAAUUUUGUGUAUGAGAAGGUAUAUCUUUAGCAGGGCUAAAAGAUUAGGAUUACGUCAUGUCGUUAUCCAAGCUAAGAACUAGUGUGUAAUGAAUCUUAACUUCCAUAUUCUUUCAUCAAUCAAAGUCUUGGGCCCCUUAUCUGUUAUGUGAUGCUGCAGUAGAGACUCUUGCCUACUUUACUUCAUGAUUUCUAUUUUGCCUUAAAAUUGUGUGUUUUACAGCUGUCUGGUUACUCAUAAACCAGUCAAUAUUCUUUCACCACUGUUUUCAACUUUCAUAAGGUGGCAACACACAAACAAAAUUGUCAAAAAAAUGUGGCAUGUAUCAUGUGGUUUGAUCACAAAUAAUGAGAUCUUGAACUUCCUCCCUGGAACAUACAUGACGUUGAGGAUCAGUUACAGGAAGAUUGUGGGAUAGAUUUCAUGGAUUGAUGACGGUGACUUGUGGUUCUGCUAUUAUCCAUAUGGAAGGCUGUUUACUCUGUACAUGAAAACACCCCGUUCAGACUCUAAAAAAUCUCUGUAUAGUACAUUAUCCAUGUAUACAUGUACAUGUAGCUGCUACAGUUAACAAUUAAAUUAUUCAUACCAAGAUUUUUUAAUUUUUAAGAAUGUGAAAUAUUGAUCUGUCCUGAUUUCUGUUUCUUGAGAGUGUGACAUAUUACAGCUUACAUCUUUGUAUUCAACAAAGGCCCUAAUUCAACCAGUCUACCUUUCAUUAAAAAAACCUCCAAAUUUACAAGGGAUAUGAAUAAUUCAGUUGGGAACUGUACAUACAAGAAUUUUGUAGCUAAACAAUAAGUAGAUACCUUUUUCUAGCCUGAACAUCUCAUUACAAAUUAUUGUAUACUUCAGCAGCUGUUUGAACGAAAACUCAAAGAAUCAAGGUGCACUUUCAAAGUGAAUGUCGUAUCGUACAAAAAGCAUAUAGUGUAGCUGGGUGGGGCUUAUCGCGAGUGCUAACCGAUGAUUGGUUAGCCGUCAUCUAAUACUGAGCUUAAAUAUGUUUUCAACAGACAUUUUCAAAACCUGUCUCUUUGUGUAGUAUAUCUUGUACAAUAUUUUUUGUUCACUCAUGCACACCUGUUUUGCAAUAUAUGACGAUUCUUUAUACAAUUUUUCUUUACUGUUGUAUAUAUUUUUCACAGUGCAAACAGGUUCAAGUACUGUCAUAGAUAUGUAGGGUGUUCAUUAUAUAAUCAGCUUAAAGUUAUGGUUUGAUAUUUCUUUGAAAAACUUAUCCAUCAUGGUUUACCAGCCAUUUGGACAAGCGUUAGC